AUGUCAAGACAAGAAACUAACAUUUUCUAUCUUUUUCUUUCCUUUUUCUUAGGUACAAAUGGCCUCCGAAGGCGUGGUCGGCAAACGUAUACCCGCUAUCAGACGCUCGAAUUGGAAAAGGAGUUCCACACAAACCACUACUUGACCCGCCGACGAAGAAUCGAAAUGGCGCAUGCACUCUGCCUCACCGAACGACAGAUCAAGAUCUGGUUCCAGAAUCGACGAAUGAAGUUGAAAAAGGAAAUUCAGGCGAUCAAAGAGCUCAACGAGCAGGAGAAACAAGCGCAGGCGCAGAAGGCGGCAGCACAAGCGGCGGCAGCAGCGGCGGCGCAGGCUAAUAAUAAUAUUAAUAGUAACAAUAAUAAUAUUACGAGUAAUAAUGAUAGUAACAGCAACAACAAUAAUCCUAAUGCUAAUACUACUUUUAACCAUAACUUUACAAAUAAUAUUACAACAGCCACAACUCCAUCGGCAGUAAGAAACCGAGCAGCAAUGCCAACACACACCGCUGCUACAGCGGCAAUGACUUGCAAUAACAAAAUGUCAACGUCAUCGCCAACAUUGUUGCCGAUGCCGUUGCCGCUGCCAUCGCCGUCACUGUCAGCAUCACCGGCACCCGCUUACCACGCAUACACACACACAGUAAACGAAAAUACCAGUAAUUUUAUCGAUAGUUUAAGCAAUGCAAAUAUUAAGUAUAAUAGAUUGAAUUUUAUUUUAAACCGAAACAUUUACGAGUAUUCGACAAUAAGUGGUGGGCACAAGUUCUAUUGA